AUGUCUCGCACUCCCUCGACUGCUACGCCGACAUGGCAUCAGUUCGAGCGGAAGAUUGACGAGGUCAAGCCAUCCAAGACUGACAUCAACUACUUGGUCAUGGACUACCUCAUCACAAAUGGCUACCCUGCUGCUGCGAGCAAAUUUGCGGUCGAGGCCAACAUCCAACUUCGGACGGACUUGGAAUCGAUUCAGGAACGGGUUGAGAUUCGGACCUCUAUUCACUCGGGGAAUAUCCAGACGGCCAUUGAGAAGAUCAAUGAGCUGAAUCCUCAGAUUCUCGAUGAAAACCCUGCACUGCAUUUCGCACUCCUGCGUUUGCAGCUGGUAGAACUAAUCCGCACCUGCACCUCGACUCCAGACGGUGAUAUUAGUCCCGCUCUGGAGUUCGCGACGACGCAGCUAGCUCCCCGGGCACCGACCAACCCACAGUUUCUCGAGGACCUGGAGCGAACCCUAGCUCUACUGAUCUUCCCCAGCGACAAUUUAUCCCCAUCCCUCGCUACCCUCCUAGACCCUAGCCUCCGUAAAGACAUUGCGCAGCGAGUCAAUGAGGCCAUCUUGCAGAGCCAGGGCGCUCGUAAAGAAGCGCGCCUGCGCAAUCUCGUCAAGCUCCGCGCUUUCGCCGAAAACAAGGCCCGCGAUGCUAAGAAGGAUAUUCCGGAUAAACUGGACAUUGGCCUUGUCGGUGACGGCCACGACAGCAACCCGCCCAGUAACAUGAGUAACGAGACGGCCAAUAACGGGACCAGCCACAACGGCAGCGGCGACACCAUGAUGGUCAAUAAUGGCGAUGUCGAUACCAUGGUUGCGUGA